CGACCGGAACCUUUUACUUACUAACCCUUAAAUUUGACAAGCUUUUGAGCUCAGCGAGCGUUGAAAUCAAGAACACCGUUAUUAACAUAUCGAAACUGGCAGUUGCAGGCAGAGCAGAGCUCACCACUUUCACUCUGAAGUUUGAACGACCACAUGCCUUCUGUAUCUUGGUUGGUCACAUCGGAUAAACUGUACAUCACCCUGCUGAGACUUUAUUAUAAGUCCAAUAUGCCUGCAGCCUGUUUUAGAGGAGAACAUCAAUAAACAUCUGGACAGCGGCUGCAGUGUUCACAUGGCACCUGAUCAGCGUCUAGGAGAAUCUUCCUUUCGACCCAAAAACGCGACAGCGUCCAAGAAGUUGGCGCCGAUAUUCAGCCACACCCGUGACAAGCACACCAGUACUUUGGCUGCCGGUCCUUCAGCACUUACAUCGAUGACUCAAGACACGCCCACUACUACUUCCAAGAAACGGAAGUCUGAAAUGCCAUCACUAUCUCGAAUGACAAGCAAACGUCUCAAAGGCACGCCUUCUGACUUCAAGUCUGCCAUACCUCUUGCGGAAAGGCUUCGCCCGCAAUCCCUAGACGAAUUUUUUGGGCAGAAGCACCUGACUGGCCCCGAUUCUCUUCUGAUGAAUAUGCUGGACAGUGGUAUAAUUGGCAGUCUUAUACUAUGGGGACCACCUGGCUGCGGAAAGACCACUUUGGCAAGAUUAUUGGCACGGCACGUGGACUGCAAUUUCAGGGAGCUAAGCGCGACUUCUUCAGGUACGAACGAUGUUCGUGCAGACAUCUUCCUUCCAUUUAUUGAGCAAGGCCAAAUCCAGAUGAUUGGAGCGACGACUGAGAAUCCGUCAUUCAAGCUGACCAGCGCCUUGCUGAGUCGUUGCAGAGUAUUAGUACUCGAACGCUUGACAGACGAUGACAUUCGAGAUAUUAUCGCCACUGCGAUCGUCCCAUUUCCGUCCUAUCCCCAACUUACAAACAGCAUCAUCUCUUCCAUCGUAUCUCUUUCUACAGGAGAUGCACGGACUGCAUUAUCUUUACUAGAAGCUUAUAGAGAUGAACAUACUCUUCUCACAUCAUUACGCCGAAGUGUCUCGGCUUCAUAUGAUCGUGUAGGAGAUAGCCACUUUGACAUGAUUUCAGCGCUCCAUAAGAGCGUCCGAGGUAGCCACGGCAGUGCAGCGAUGUACUGGCUAGCACGGAUGCUCACAGCAGGAGAGGAUCCGUUGUAUAUCGCAAGAAGAUUGGUCGUCUGUGCUAGCGAAGAUAUUGGAUUGGCUGAUACGCACGCUCUUCCUUUGGCAAUGGCAGCUCUUCAAGCUUGUCAGGUUAUUGGGAUGCCUGAGUGCCGAAUCAAUCUAGCACAUUGUGUAGCUUAUCUAUCAGAAGCACCGAAAAGUACCCGUGCUUAUGAGGCAUACAAGAGGGCGGAAGAAGCGGCAAAGUUAGACCUGACAAUGCCCGUGCCUGUGGCGGUCCGUAACGCUCCAACAGCCCUUAUGAAGGAGCUUGGCUAUUCAGAGGGCUACAAGUAUAACCCAGAUUUUCGACAUCCCGUGCACAACGACUACCUCCCAAUUGCGUUCCGUGGCGACAAGUUUUUAAAGGAAGCUAGUGACAUGUCGGACAAGGUUUGGAAUGAACAAGAGUUAUUGCGUUGGGAGCAAGAGGAAAACGGCGGGCGGUUGUGGGAAGGCCGCUCAUCUGUUCCACACCAACAUUGAAUGUGCACAGCAUCAUUUGGUUGAUACGUUUGAUCCUAUCUACCGGAGUAUAUUGGAAUUAAACUCUCCGAUGAGUACGCUCAAAAAAUAAUAUGCUUCGCAGAGAUUGAACCGACUUUUUCCCGUUCACACGUUUCAAUGCGAAAUUGCUCAGCACAGUAUUCCUAUUGCUUUGAAUAAAAAUUGCCAUGCGCUCGGAUACAACCCACCAUAGAAAUGUUAUGCGCAUGCAAGUGAGAACAGCCUUAU